CGCGCAGCGAAGCCGCGCGCCCGUCUGUCGCGUCUGUGGUCGCCGACGAAUUUUAUUGUGUUUUAGACUAUGUGUUCUGAGUGAAUCACAGAUAACAUGAUCCGGGCGUGGUUAGUGCUGGCGCUGCUGGCCUGUGCUGCCGCUGACGAGGCGCAGGACCCUGAGGGUCUGAUGGACGCGGCUGCAGAAACGGCGGCCAGCGCAGAUUACUCUGUAUACGUGGGGCGAUGGACGGAGUGCUCGCCUCUAGGGGAGGGGGAACAUGCCACCAGGUCUUUGCUGAGGAUGAACGUGCACGCCGAGGCGGACUCCCUGGUGCACGCGCCGAGGCUGGGGCUGCAGCGGCGGCAGGUGCAGUGCCGGAAAAAGGACGGACAGUUUGUCGAGAACAUGUAUUGCGGGUCUGCUCUAGCGCGCGUCGGGACCUCCCGCGUCUGUAUCUUACGAGAAGACUGCUCUCUCGCCGAAUGGAUGCCGUGGAGGCCGCGGACGGACGGUGCGCUGGUGCGGACGAGGCGCGUUCGGAGGUUACCACACGGCAACGGCAAGGAAUGCGACGUAGUGGAAGAGGUCCGACCUGCAGCGUUGGAAGCGACGGCCCACUGGACCCCUGGACCUUGGGGCGAAUGCAAUGUGGCCUUUGAGAUGACUGCUACGCCUAAACCUGCCAACGACGAUGACAACGACGAAGCAGACGACGACGCGAUUUACGACGACGACGAGGCCGAUGACCUGGACGACCGCGACACGAGUCCUGCGAGUUGCGGCGGCGGCGUACAGAGGAGAGAAGCGACGUGUGUGAGGGCUGACGGGAGGGCGUUGCAUCCUGUCCAGUGUGCUCAUGCGCCGAUGCCGAUGCUUGUGCAGCCCUGUGAGGUCCCUUGCCCACGCGACUGUGAAGUGGGGGAGUGGAGCGAAUGGGAAGCCUGCCAACCGACUGACAAGUGCCCCCUGAAUCCGGUGCAGCAGCUAACUAGCAGUGGCUAUAGCGUCCGUCGCCGCCGCGUAACCGCAGCGGCGUCCGGUGGCGGAGCCCCCUGCUCGCCUUUAGAAGAGAAGAGAACUUGCGCCGCCCCGCGCUGUGCAGCGUGGAAACCCCUGCCUUGGGGUUCUUGUGUGCUGAACCAACCGCAUACUACGUGUGGCCCUGGGCGGAGGAGCCGAGAACUGAGAUGCGUUGGGCAUAACGGGAAGGAGGCCCCUCGCGCAUGGUGCAGCGACACGGGUGCGCCGGCGCGCACGGAGCGCUGCCGCAUCGCGUGCGCGGGCGACUGCGUGGUGUCCGCCUGGGGCGCCUGGGGGCCCUGCGCCGCGCCCUGCGCCGCCGCCGCGCGCCCCCCGCCCACCCGCACCCGGGCCCGGCACAUACUGGCACACGCCUCGCCAGAUGGCUGGCCCUGUCCAUCCGAGGACCAGUUAAUCCAGCAUGAAACCUGCAACACACACGCCUGUGCCACGUACUCCUGGCUCGCCACGCCCUGGGGACCCUGCGAGCGCCGCCAGGACUACGUGCCCGUCUCCAACUACACCGAUCUGCUGGACGGAGAGACAUUUAACGAAAGCGACGAUGAAGAGCCUUGCGUCGAAGAAGGGGAAAUGACCAGAGACGUGAUGUGCGUGCAGAAUAACGCGGAUGUCGUCCGUGAAGCUUUAUGUGCGCCGCUCCACCGGCCGGCCUCCCACCGCGCGUGCACGGUGCGGUGUCGCCGAGGCUGCCGCGUCGAGGCCUGGAUGCCGUGGUCUCCAUGUCCUAAUACUUGUGAUCCCGGCAAGCAGAUCCGCGUGCGCGUAGUGCACGGCGGGCCGAGCUGCGGCCCCGCGCAGGAGUCCCGCGCGUGCCCCGUGGCGCGCUCGUGUCGCGCGCGCGACGCGGCCUGGGUCGCCGGCGAGUGGAGCACGUGUCGCCUGCCGCCCGGGGAGAGAGCCGGCAUCGGGCAUAGAGUCAGAAGCAUUUGGUGUGGCUCCGCCUCUCACCGCGUGAAUGCCGGCGCGUGUGCCGGUCAACUAGUGCCGCAGAGUGUCGCGGCUUGUCGCGUGCCUUACGACACUGUUGUGGCAUCAGUUACUUGUGAGCACGUCUGCGCUGAGCCACUAAAAUACUUGGACGCAUCCGACCCUGACAUCCCCACUUGCACCUGCAAGAACGUGUCUCUGGAACUCCUGCCUACUGACUCUGACUGCAUUCUGCCUCCCGGCACUGAAUGUGGAGAAGGUAGAGCACUGAGAGCCGCCCGUUGCAUGUUCGGCGGACGAGACGUGCCCAUGGAUGUUUGCAAGAAGUUCCACCCACUUACUGGGCCGAGCCGAGUCCGCGAAGCAUCCACCGACGGCUACAUGUACGACGAGGAGUUCCCGUCGCUGUUGCGCGGAGCGUGCAGCGUGCGCUGCGCGCGCGACUGCGGCGCGGGCGCGUGGGGCGAGUGGGGGCCGUGCGCCGCCGAGGCGGGCUCGCGCGCCGCCUUCCGCUACCGGACCAGGGAAGUGGUUGAAGAAGGCUCAGCGGGCGGUCGUGAGUGCGGCGCGACUCUCCAACGAGCCACCUGUGUCGUGUCCGAACCGCGCUGGGUGCUCGGCGAGUGGUCGGUGUGCGCCCCGCACCGUGUACUCUGCGGCCGCGCCAUCAUCAACCGGACUGUCGCAUGUGAAGACGGCGAAGGGAACGUGCUCGAGGAGCCAGCGUGCGAAGCGGCGGGUGCAGGCGGCGCGCCGUCACGCGACGCGGCCUGCCGCGCGCCCUGCCCGGGGGACUGCGUUGUCAGCGCCUGGUCUGACUGGAGCCCGUGCGAACAGACUAAGUGGGGCGGCAGACGCGACAGAACACGAGUGGUGCUACGUCCUGCGGCGGAAGGCGGAACUGCAUGCCCUCCGCUCGUCAGCGCGGAGCCCUGCUCCCCGCACUCCUACUCCUGGCACAUGGCGCCCUGGGACGACUGCCAGCCCCUAGGUGGGUCACCGUGUGGCGAAGGAACGAAGAGACGAUCCGUCCGCUGCCUGCGAAGUGAUGGCGUUUUUGUCAACGACACGUUCUGUACCAACACGACGUCGACAGAAGCGCGUGAGUCUUGGUGCUAUGUGCCAUGCGGAGUGGACUGCGAAUUAAGCGAGUGGAGCGCUUGGGACGCCUCCGCUUGUUCUUGUGGAGACGCCUCCUCUGCACGACAUAUGAGACGCAUCAGACAGCGGCUGACGUCGGCGGUGUGGCCGGGGCGCGCGUGCGCGGCCACCGAGCAGCGCGCGCCGUGCCCGCGCGAGCCGUGCCUGCGCCUGCUGGCGCGACCCGUGCUCGGCUGCCACGUGCAGACAUCAUCAGGUAAAGAAGCCGACGGGGCGUGCGGCUGGGGCGUGAAGGUUUCCCGCGUGCGCUGCGAGCUGGCGGGCGCGGGCGACGACGGCGCCGACGCCUACCUGGAGCCCUGGCGCUGCGCCCCCGCGCUGCCCGGCCGCAUCGUGGCGCCGCCGCUGCACUACCAGGAGGAGUCGUGUGAAGUGGAGUGCGGCUGCAAGGAGUCGGAGGCGGGGCAGCCGGGGCCGUGGGGCGCGUGGGGCGCGUGCCGCGGCGGCGCGCGCAGCCGCUCGCGCACGCUGCUGGUGCCGCCGCGCCGCGCCUGCCGCACGCCCGCCAGAUACGUGACAAUUGAGUGGGCGAACUGCACCGUGGGUGAAGAGACUGAUCUGCUGGUGUACGAGCCGCGCGACGAGACCCCGCGCCGCGCCUGGCUCGACAACGACUACCACGACGGCUAUAUCGAGGGAAGCAGUUCUCUGCUGGCGGUGGUGUGGACUGCUACCAUCGUGCUCAGUGUGUACGGAGCGUUCAUGUUGUACCGCGGACUGAUCAGAUGCCUUCGGAGCCGAAAGCUGAAGACCGUCACCAAGGUGUAAGCCGAAAAUGACUUACUCUGAGACUCGUCACCCUGAGCGCAAGCCAGGCCCUACACUGGACCGCACCAGGUCCUUUUUGUUGUCUGUUUACCCCUUAAGUUUACAUGUCUGUUAAACGUUAAGUUUACUGUCCGCUUACCAAAGAUUACGUUGAACGUUUGUGAUAUGUUGCUCUCUUCCUUGUUAAUGUAUUGCGAAUAAGGGAUUCCGUAACUCCAUAUCAUCUACGAUAUGCUACAUUUACAAUGUAUUGACAGUAUAUAAUUAGUAUUAUUGAUAUAUCAACUAUAGCCAGCAACAGUCUGUCCGCAGGAGUGCUUCCAUUAUACGGCGUAUGCUAAUUUAGACGGUUUUGAUAACUUUUCCAAACAAACGAUCACCGAGCGACGGCCUUCGGGCUUCUGGAUUGACAAUAUGUAUUCGUGUAGUGGUCGUAGCCACUUAGCGUGGGGUCCGCCCGUAUCCCUCGUCCUUAAGACUUGUUUUUAAUGGCAGCGUAUGGAGGAUUACAUACGGCACCGCGGUAUGUAGGUAGUUAUAUAUAUAAUGAUGUUUUUUAAGUAGGAAAGUUCGCGUGAGCAAUCAGUACUGGAUCGAAAUAUGUGCGCCAGUGGCGUAGCUAGGUGUGGGCGGGGCGGAGACUUAAGCGGGCCCGGGGAAACAAUUUGAAAAAAGGGCGUCGCAGAUACACUUCGCUCACGACUAGAUUAUUUUACCCUACGCCACUGGUGUGCGGUGGUGUGUGUAAUCCGAUAAACGCUCGGCGUAAGUCUAGCGUAAGCGCAGGAGAUUUGAUUAGAUUGUCUUAGAGACCAAGUAAGACGUGACACAUCAUACCACAUAUCAGCUAAAUUUAUAUCGUCUUCUGUACCGACUGAUAGGUCACGGGACUAUAGCCCGCUCACAGAAGACCAACCGCUUCAGAUAUCAUUGCGUAGAGCUUUGGCGCACAAAUACCUAACUAAUUUAUGGAUAGAUUAAGUACUUAUAUUAACCUGAUCAUACAGUUUCGAGAUAAUAAUCGUGUAUAACACUUUUUUGUAGAUUUUGCAUUUAAACCCAUGUAUUGUGACGGGUAUUUGUAAUGUGAGUGUGUUCUACUACCUUCAACGUUUCCGUUCUAUGGUCUUCGUCUGUCUAAAGGAAUCUCUAUGUACUUAUAUCAAAAUAUCUUUAUUUUCCGAUAAGCAUAAGUUAUUAUAUGUCUACUAUAAAAUCUAAUGUUAUUGCUUACGGCAAAUUGUUCGCCUCAUCUCGUUCCUUUACGACAAUAUUGAAAUAAAUUAUUUUUAUAAAGCAACGUUUGUUUGAGAGAUUCGCUAACUAUGUCUACUUUUCUAUUCUUGUCACUUUACUAUAGUUUCCGCCCUUGAGCUGUGACUCGUGUACCGUAUUGUAACCAUGUAUAUCAUUAGGUAUGUACCUACGCCAUACAACAUAUUGAUGUGAAACAUGAUAGUUAAGGGAUCGUGUUAGACAAUACAAUAUUUGAUAUUUAAUAAAAUUUGAUUGUGUUUUGAUAAA